AUGGCCCAGAGAGAUCGCGCGACGCCAACCAGAGACCCUCGACGAACGGAGCUGUCCGGUCCCAGCGCUCUCGGCGCGACUGACUUGCGCUGCCGCUCGACUGCCGCCACCCCGCGGGCCCGCCCCCGGGCCCGCCCCGCCGCGCUCUGGGCUCCUAUUGGUGGACCCUAUCUUCUAGGGCGGAGAAUUAAAAUAUCAGCUUACAUCAGAACGGGAGAGGCGGGCUCCGGGCCCGGGCUGCAGCGCCAGGAGCGGGAGCGCCUGGCGGACUCCGCGCUGGGCCAGCCCGGCCUGGGAGCGGAGUGGAGCCGCGUGCCUGGGUGCUGCCAGCCGAGCUUGGGCUCCGUCCGGGCGGGAACCAGCGACCCUACCCACCCCCAGACCCAAGACGUUGGUUUUCGUUAUCUUGAUAUCAUCCAGCUGGCAGCUGCCACUGUGCUCGUCCACGGUGCUCGUCCACGGUGCUCGUCCACGGUGCUCGUCCACGGUGCUCGUCCACGGUGCUUGUCCAUGGUGCUGCUAGUCACCUGUGUGGAUUCUGGUCUCUACAGAGCUGGCUUCUGCUGCAGGAAGUUCCUUGCUUUCAAGGGGUAUCCAAGGCUUUGCAGAGUCAGCAAUUCUCUGACUUGGGCCCCUGCUGGCUUCAAGUUCAUCUUGACCUGGAGACAGGUGUGUGAGAGAGAUGCUGCUGGCUCAUCUCCCUGGCUACCCAGGACACCUGGCUGGGGCCUGCUGUACCACCGCCUAGGCCUGGCUGCUAUCUCAGCACAAAGUUUACCCGAUGCUGAGGUGCCCAGCGAGGCCCUUAGUUUCCACGGGGAUGCCACCGGCGCGCAGGUGCAUCUGGAUGACAUGCGGAGCACAGCGCACAGGCGCUCUACAUUCCACGAUGGCAUCGUGUUCAGCCAGCGGCCAGUGUGGCCCGGUGAGCGUGUUGCGCUGCGCGUGCUGCGACAAGAGAAAGGCUGGUGCGGUGGCCUCCGCGUGGGCUUCACGCGCCUCGACCCUGCACACGUGGCUGCGUCCUGCUUGCCGCCUUUCGUGUGCCCGGACCUAGAGGAACAGAGUCCCACGUGGGCAGCGCUGCUUCCAGAGGGCUUCGUUCGUGCGGGGAAUGUGGUCUGUUUCUGGGUGAACCGGAGAGGCUGGCUCUAAGCCAAGGUCAACGCUGGCCGCCCCCUCGUGCUGCGCAAAGACGUACUGGUCCAGGGCGCCCCUCUCUGGGCGGUGAUGGAUGUGUACGGGACCACGAAAGCCAUUGAGCUGCUGGAUCCCAAAGCCAACGCCUGGAUCAUCAGCGGGGAAGCUAUGCCGGAGUCUGAAGUUGCAUCAGGAGAGGAGUGUGUCAUCUGCUUCCACAACACCGCCAACACCCGCCUCAUGCCCUGUGGCCACUCACACUUCUGCAGCUCCUGUGCCUGGCACAUCUUCAAAGACACGGCCAGGUGCCCCAUGUGCCGCUGGCAGAUCGAGGAGGUGGCUGUGGAAUCUU